AUGCGGAUGGCGGACUAUUUUUUUUUUCUCUUUCCCUGGCGGCACCCGCUCAAUGGGGGCGAGUGUUCUGCCGAGCGGGUCUCCCCCCCCCGCCCCUCCCAAGGCGGGUGGUCGCCGCCCACCCGCCUUUUGACGGCCCCCGAGCGUCGGGCCGCUCAGUGCGCGCGAGGCGAGGACGACAUGCGGCGCGUGAGCUGCCUGCUGCUGCUGCUGGCGAGCGCGCUGAUGGCCGGGGGGGCGCCCGGCCGGUGCCCGACCCCCUGCCACUGCCACGGCGACCUGCAGCACGUCAUCUGCGACGGCGUGGGCCUGAAGGAGAUCCCGCGGGUGUCGGCGUCCACGCGGCUGCUCAACCUGCAGAGGAACCCGCUGGGCGGCGUUCCGGCCGCCGCCUUCGCCGACAGCGGCGGCCUGGUGUCGCUGCACAUGCAGCACUGCCAGUUGCGCCACAUCGCCGCCAACGCCUUCAAGGGCCUGAGCCAGCUGGUGUACCUGUACCUGUCGCACAACCACAUCACCAGCAUCCAGCCCGACGCCUUCCGAGACCUGAGCCGGCUCACCUAUCUCCACCUGGACCACAACCGCAUCGGCGAGCUGGCCAAAGGCAUCUUCUCGCCUCUGGUCAACCUCUUUGUGCUGCGGCUGGACGACAACAAGCUGCGCCAGCUCCGUCCGGGCACCUUCGCCGGCGCCAAGGACCUGCGCUGGUUGCACUUGAGCGGCAACCAAUUGAGCGCGCUCCACGCCGGGUCCCUGGAGGACGUGGAGAACCUGGCCGCGCUGCACCUGGACCGGAACAAGCUGGCCGUCUACCCCGCCGCCGCCAUGAGCAAGCUACGUGUGGUGGAGGAGCUAGCGCUGGGCGAGAACCCCAUGAAGAGCAUCCCCGAACGCGCUUUCAGCAGCUUUGGCCGCUACAUGGAGAAGCUGCAGAUGGACCGCAUGGGCCUGGAGAAGAUGUCGGAGGAGGCGUUCGCCGGCGUGACGGCGCUGACCUCGCUGGACGUCGGCAACAACAAACUGCGCUGGCUUCCCAAGAGUCUGGACUUGUCUCGAGUGACCAAUCUGACCGUGGCCAACAAUCCUUGGAGCUGCACCUGCCAGCUGGCGCCGCUGCGCAGGUGGAUGGACGGCAACAGCCGCAAGCGAACGGACGCCGCGUGCGCCUCGCCGCCGGCGCAGAGAGGCAAGCAGGUCCGAGACAGCGCCGCCUUCGCCGCCUGCCGGCUCAAGCCCAAAAGAAACAAGAUGGCCGCACGCCACUGAAGGGGCGAGUGGCGGAAAGGGGAAUUGUGGGGAUUGUCGUGGGGGUUGGGGGGGGGAGUUGCAUGACUCCACCCCCAGUCACGCUUCAGUCGCCAAUUUCCUCAGCCGCAGAAGGUCGCACAUCACGCCGACAUAUGCAAAGAUCUGCUUUUACUUUGCGAAACAAUCAUCGAGAUUUU